GCAAUUAUUCUUCUAGAUUGUCAUGGUGCCUAAAGGUUGAUUUUGUUUUUAAUUUUCCUAAUUUUUCUAUUAUUAAAGAUAAAUACAGCAAUAAUGAAUAGAAUUGUAUUAAAUCAAUGUCGGUGUUUAAAAAAAUCGGCUCUACUAUGGGAGACCAGACAAUAUCAAAACUUUCCAUAUAUUGCUCUUUCAAGGUCAUUAUCAUAUUACACAACCCAACCUAUUGGAUUGCAACAUGAUGUGUCUCAGAAGAUUUUUAUUAAGAAAUACAAUCCCUUGUGGGUGAGAUCAAUAUCCACUAGUAAGUAUUACUAUGAGAAGGAACCACUUAAGCCAUCUUCAAAAGUCGAAGCCACCGUUGAGACAAUAAAGAAGGGAAUCGAAGAAAGUGAGAAGUUACCUAAAAAGGUGGAAAAGAAAAAAAGCCUGAAAGAAAGAAUUAUGGAUGAGUUGAGACAUUAUUAUCAUGGUUUCCGCCUGCUCUUUAUUGAAAUAAGAAUAUCAACUACUUUGCUCUUCAAGAUUCUGAGAGGUCACUCGCUGACACGAAGGGAACAUAGACUCUUAGUUACCACUAUAGGGGAUCUGUUUAGAAUGGUACCUUUUAUUGUUUUCAUUGUGGUGCCAUUUUUAGAAUUUGCUCUGCCGGUAUUCAUAAAAUUUUUUCCAAAUAUGCUACCAUCAACAUUUGAAAGUCGCAGUCAAAAAGAAGAUAAGCUGAAGCAACAUUUGAAAGUUAAAUUGGAAAUGGCAAAAUUCUUUCAAGAAACCUUAGACCAGAUGGCACCACAGGCUAGUAACAGGCAUUCAGAGCUGGCUAAGGAGUUUUCAAGUUUCUUUAAUAGGAUAAGGACUUCAGGUGACGUGGCUACCAGUGAAGAAAUAAUGAAAUUUUCGAAACUAUUCGAAGACGAAAUCACAUUGGAUUCACUCCAGAGACCUCAUUUGGUGGCUUUGUGUAAAGUGUUAAAUGUAACCACUAUCGGUACAAGUGCUAUGUUGAGAUUCAAUUUGAGAAUGAAAUUGAGAUCUUUAUCUGCGGAUGACAAGAUGAUUGCUAAGGAAGGUGUUGAUAGUUUGAAUUUCAGCGAGUUGCAACAGGCUUGCCGAGCGAGAGGUAUGAGAGCAUAUGGUGUCUCUGAAGAGAGACUACGGAAGGAAUUACAUAAUUGGUUGGAUCUGUCAUUAAAUGAGAGGGUACCACCAUCACUGUUGCUGUUGUCCAGAGCAUUAAUGGUUCCCGAACAUGUGCCAACAACAUACAAGUUGAAAGCUACCAUUUCCGCACUGCCUGAGCAAGUCGCAACUCAAACUAAAGCUGCCAUUGGUGAAAAGGAAGGCAAAGUUGACUUCAAGGCUAAAGCGGAAGCUAUUAAACUUGAAGAAGAAAAGAUUAGGGAAGAGAAAAAGGAGAUGCAGGAAGCCGAGCUCGAGAAACAGUUGCUUGAGGCGAAGAAGAGAGAAAAAGAAGAGCUUAAAGACAAAGCACCGAUUAUUGAUGAUAAAAGUACUCCUGUGAUGGUGGAUCCAGCGCCAGUGUUAGCCGUAGACCUGCCUAAAAUAAAAUCCGAAGAGGGCUUGUCAGGCAAAGAUAUUGAAGUUAUUGAAGAUGCUCUAGAAAAAUUAGCUCAACAGAAGAAAUCUUUACUACUAGAGAAAGAAAGUAUUCAAGAACUGAAAACCGAAUUGCUCGAUUACAGCGAAGAUGUUAAGGAAAUGCAGGAAAUUGUAAAAACAAAACAGGCUGAUAUUAAAUUAACCAAGGGCGCAAGGAGAUUAUACCGAGCCGUGAACAACAUGAUUGGCAAACUCGACGCCGCUCUCAUAGAACUCGAGAAUAAGGAGAAAGAAUUGAAGACUACAUUAGAACAGACCAAGCAUGAGCCUAAAGUGGCCAAAGAACAGUUGAUACAGAUCGAUGAACUCAUGCAUUCCAUAAAGAGUUUACAGAAAGUACCGGACGAAGCCAAACUGAAACUCAUACAAGAUGUACUGGGACGGCUGGACGAUGACUUUGAUGGUCAACUGAAGAUUGAUGAUGUUUUGAAGAUGCUUGAAAUAAUCGGCAACGAAAAUGUGAAUCUAUCGGAGAAACAGAUGCAAGAGUUGAUAGAACUUUUGGAUAAAGAAGAGAUAUUAGAAGUGGAGAGUAAAAUACAGAAGGCGUUAGUUAAAGCAGCUACUGCGGCCAAGGAACAGGAUAAAAGCAACGAGUCUGAUGGAAAGAACCUGUUUGAUAUAAUCCGGGAAGCUCAGAAGAGGCGGGAGAUGAAAAAAGCUGAAGAGAAAUUUGCUGAAGGCGGAACAUUACCCAAGAGCGAGGAUGUCACUAAACAAGACAACAAACGGCCAGACAACCCUUAAAGAAAUAUACUCUGUUUCUAAACAUUUUGUAAUUAUUGCUAACAGGUAAUAUCUAGAAAGUAUAUAGGAGUAAUUGUUGUAAGCGGUUCGGUUAUAGUUUACUUGUGCGCAUUAAAAAUACAUAAUGCACCUGUUAUAGAAACGGAGUUAUAUUUUUGAUAAUAACUGCUAGUGAAUAUGUAAAUAAGAUUUAAUUUCCCUAUACUUUGUGUCCUGUUGAUUUGUAACGCAAAUGUACAAGGAUGUGUCUUGUUUGGGGCGUUUGUUUGUGCUAUGUAUCAUAUGACAAUAACAUAGGUAAACAUCUGAUUGAAAUAGAUUUUUUUUUAUUAGAAUUAAAGAAAUUCAUGGAACUAUUGUCUCCAAAUGCCCUCUACCAUUUUAUUUCUAUAAUAAGGUCUUACAGGAUAUUUAUUGGACAAAUUACCGUGUUACCUGUGACUUAGUAGUUUGUUAUAAAAAUCAUCAGUCGGCUGUAUAUAAGAACAAUUAUAAUUCCAGAUCAUACAAAUUUACUGUUGUUGAAUAUUUAUUAAUUCAUUUUAUUUUUGUUUCUUCAGAGAAUUAUUGUUAUUGAAUAUGCAUUUCUGUGAUUGAUGUUCACUAAGCUUAUUUUUAAUUUAUUUAGUUUAAAUGUAUUAGCACAAAUUGUAUUAUCCACCUGAACACCAAUAUUUAUCUCUACUCAUUACUCCAUACUGUUAUAGAUUACAAAAACAUACAAUAUCUAGUUAUUUUAUUCAUUUCAUUGUCCAAUACCUACAUUGUACUAUGUUCAUAGUAAAAUUGGCUGUUGUAUGCUAUGACUACAUUAAAUUAUAAGUAUAUUUAAUAAUUAAGUUCUCCUAAAUAGUACAUUGACACAACUACUUAUAAAUGCAUGUGAUGCAAUUUUUGUAAGAUAUAUGAGUAUGCAUACCCAAAAGAUGUAUAUUACAUUUAUACUUACAAAGCAAAAUAUGGAAAUGUAACUAAUUUCAUUGUCGUAUAGAUUUGACACUGUAAAGAUUAAGAAAAUACAGUUGUCAUGUGA